AUGUCGUCAAAAAUUCAAGAUGACAAUGCAGAUGCUUCUGCUAGUGCUGUUACGAAUGAUACUUGCACGAAUGCUGUUGGUACCGAUGAUGCUAAUCCGGAUGAUGAACAACCAGAAAACUACGAUGACGAUUUCGAGAGUAGGGAAGAUGACGAAGAAAUAGAAGCAGAAGAAGAGCCAGACAAGGAAAACAGCGAAGACUAA